ACACAGGCAGACAGGCAGGCAGGCAAGCAGGCAGGGCCCACUGCUCCAGGUUGUCCAGUAAACUGCCUGCAGAGCUUCACGCAUGCUGUUGAUAUCAGGAUUUAGGAGCAUUAGGAGCCGAGCGUGACGGAAAGGAAACGGCGGCGAGCGGUGGAAAGCAAAACAGGACGGCAAACGAUUGAUUUGAGCUGUUUGGCACGAACAAGAGCCGCUUGGUUUGUGGUUAGUUAAUGGGGCAGUAAGGUAGGCUACCGCGGCUGUCGCCAGCACUACAACUUUAUUUUCUUCACGGACUAAAGCGACGCACAGGCAGUGUGUAAUUGUCUUUCAGCAAGGCACAUCGCACGUCUUCGAGGACCAUGUCGGUUUUUUAACAGUGACUCCCAAUAUAACGUCCAUUUAUUUUUUUUUAUUAUUAUUACAAAGCCCGCGAAAGCUUAACUUGAUACGGCUUCACACCACAUGAGAGGUCGACGUCGAUAAGACCACAAACAAAGGCUCCUGUUUUUUGUUUUGUUUUUCAAUUGGAGUCACCUAAAGCUACGUUGGGGAAAUGCCUUCGGGUUUGUUCUGGAUGUGUCUGUGGUGUUUUCUUCGUCCUGGAACCACCGGUCAAGGACAGUCGACCCCGGCUGUUUGUUCCCCCUCAUGCAGCUGCGAUGAAGAUGGAGGUGCCGACUGCUCCGGGAGAGGACUGACCACGGUCCCGGCUGCCCUCAGUCCUUUCACCUACUACCUAGAUCUGAGCAUGAACAACAUCACUGAGCUUCCAGCAAAUGUUUUCAAGAACUUCCCGUAUCUGGAAGAGCUGAGACUUGCAGGGAAUGACUUGUCCUUCAUCCACCCUGAAGCCUUGUCUGGACUGCAUCAGCUCAAAGUCCUGAUGCUCCAGAAUAAUCAACUUAAGACAGUACCUAGCGCUGCCCUGAAGAACCUUCAUUUUCUCCAGUCUCUCCGACUAGAUGCAAACCAUAUUACUGCAGUUCCAGAUGACAGUUUUGAGGUUCUUCAGCAACUGCGGCAUCUGUGGUUGGAUGACAACGACCUUACAGAGGUCCCAGUUGGUUCUCUGCGGCACCAAGCAAACCUACAAGCGCUAACGUUGGCACUCAACCGCAUCUUGUACAUACCAGACAACGCCUUUGCAAACCUCACCAGUCUAGUAGUACUGCAUCUUCACAACAACAGAAUUACAGAGAUUGGCAACAAAUGCUUCACUGGUCUUGUGAACCUGGAAACACUGGAUCUUAACUUUAACAACCUAAUUGCUUUUCCCAAAGCAAUCGAAGCCCUGCCCAAACUGAAAGAACUGGGAUUCCAUAGCAAUGAUAUAACUUCCAUACCUGAAGGGGCUUUUCAUAACAACCCCUUACUAAGAACCAUACAUUUCUAUGACAACCCUUUGUCCUAUGUGGGUUCUACGGCUUUCCAGAAUUUGUCUGACCUCCACUCCCUGAUGCUGCGUGGAGCAGGCAUGAUGCAUGACUUCCCAAUCCUUACAUGGACAAACAACAUUGAGAGCCUGACACUGUCGGGGACCAGGAUAUCGUCUGUCCCCACUGUUCUGUGGGACAAUCUCAAGCUCCUAAGGACACUAGAUUUGUCCUACAAUGAGAUCAAGGAGUUACCAUCCCUUCAGGGCUGUGUCCAACUGCAGGAGAUAAGCUUUCAGCACAACCAAAUUGAGCAAAUAGGAAGGCAACAUUUUCAAGGUCUUACUGCUCUUCGUUUACUAGACCUGAGUAGAAAUAAAAUCAAAUUUAUUCACAGAGAUGCAUUUCUGACCCUUGCUGCUCUCACUAACCUAGAUCUGAGUGUAAACUCUCUGACUGUGCUUUCAAUGACUGGACUGAGGGCCCUCAGUCAGCUGAAACUCUCAGGGAACCCACAGAUGAAAAAUGUGCUGACUGUAAGGCAGUUACCCAAACUCAGAUCAAUUUCCCUUCCUUACGCCUACCAAUGUUGUGCAUUUGUGGGAUGUGAGGAAAGUUCUUGUGAGGAAAGUGACGUCAAGCGAUCAGGAGGUGGAGAGGAGGUGGAACGAAUUUCAAUGAUUAUGCAUUGCUCUCCCUCACCAGGAGCUUUCAAGCCUUGUGCGCAUCUUUUCGGCAACUGGAUGAUUCGCCUGACAGUCUGGUUUAUCUGCCUAGUGUCGCUGGUUUUUAACAGUCUAGUGCUGGUUGCCACCUUCUCCCCCUCACACUGCACCUUAGGUCACUCCCACUGGUGGCCUCCAUCCAUCACUCCAGCCAGGUUGUUGAUGGGGCUUCUCGCCUUGGCAAACCUGCUGACAGGUCUCUAUGUGGGUGUGUUAACUGUCCUGGACGUUGCUACUUGGGGAUCCUUCGCCGAGUUUGGUGUGUGGUGGGAAAUGGGAGCUGGCUGCAAGUUCACAGGCUCUCUUGCAGUCUUCUCGUCAGAGUGGGCAGUUUUGUUGCUCUUACUGGCAGCAGUGGAGCGCAGCGUUGCUGUGCGGGAUAUUCUCAGCAAAGAGAUGAUCUCACCCAGGAGGAGCAGCCUCGGCCGCAGAGGAUGCUGGAGACGAGAUCGCCGCUUCAACCUGGCAGCGUGGCUUCUGGGGCUAUUUGCCACCGCUGCAGCCUGUCUGCCUCUACUGACGUUCAGCGACCAGUCUGCCUCUCCUCUCUGCCUGCCCUUCGCUGGGGCUGAGAGUCCAGCACUGAGUAUCACGGUUGUUCUGGUGCUGCUGAACGCACUGGCUUACCUGUUCACGGCAGCCGUAUACACUCAGCUGUAUUGCCACCUUGGGAGGGUGGAGCUGGUUGACCCGGAACAGACGGGUGCCCUACGCCAUGUAGCUUGGCUCAUCUUCACCAACUGCAUCUUCUUUUGCCCUGUGGCUGCUUUCUCCUUCGCCCCCCUCUUAACAGGAUCUACUGCCGGAGGCCCAGAGAUCGCCAAGUCCGUCAUUCUCAUUUUCUUCCCUCUGCCCGCGUGCCUCAACCCGGUACUCUAUGUUUUCUUCAGCCCAGCCUUCAAGGAGGACUGGCUGAGGUUACGCGGCUGUGGUCGUUUAACCAGGGAGACAAAACAAACCGGAGGCGGAAGUCACGAAGAUGAUGGAGGUGACUCUGAGCUCUCGGGUGGAAGCUCCUCUGCUCAAUUAAACUUUGACUGCGGUGUUUACUCUCAACUUUGUGGAGAGAUGGUUGUGUGUGAAGAGUGUGAGGCCAGGGUGCAUGGAAAGACCUGCUCUUCCCCCUCUUCCUCCACAGUGUGCAGACACUUGGUGAAGUCUCACAGCUGUCCCACCCUCUUGACAGGAGUGGCCACGUGCCAGCACGCUGAAGGAUUCUGGCCCGACAGUGGUACGUCGUCCGCUCAGUCGGUGUACGCCGACGAGGAGGACUCGUUUGUAUCUGAAAGCUCAGACCAAGUUCAGGCAUGCGGCAGAGCCUGUUUCUGUCAGAGCAGAGGCCUCCCUUUAGUACACUACUCAUACAGCAUACCUCGAGUCAAAGACUAAGGCCGCCUCAGCACUCCAUUCUAUGUGUGUGCAAAGAUCUACGUAACAUUAGUUCACACGGGGACUAUUUACCUUUGGUGAAAGAUUACAGCAAGCACUUACUGUAUGUUUGUUUUCACUGUGUACACAGAGGCAAGCAAUCAUUUAAAGGGAACUUUGAAUUUAUUAUUUGUGGAGGAGAAGAUUCUGUCAAAAGCUGGUUGAUGAACGGACAUUGCAGAAGGUAUCUCACCACCUGUGCCUGCUUCUUGCCUUCGACAAGCCUCAAUAAGAGCUUUUUCAAUGUAGUUGGAAUCAUUGUAAGCCAUGUCAAAUGUUAAAGAGCCUCUGCAGCAAAUCGUCAUUUUAUACUAUCGUUUUAUUUUUUUACAUCAAUGUAGCAAACAAUUGUAGAGUUUGUCAAUGUAUGAGUCUGUUUGUUGCCACCUUAAAGGUGAAUAAUGUGCUACCUGCCUGUGACUGUGACGGAACAGUGUGUUAAUGGUAUGAGAGGUUGUCGGUUUCUACUUAACACGUGUACUUGUAUUAAGUCACCAAGACUAAGAAUGUGAUCCAAGUAGCAGAUAUCACUGUUUAGAGCAACAGCUCCGCUUGCUUGUUUUGAGUGCUGGUCAAAACUAUUUAUUGUUUGAGCGACAGCAAUGAUUAAAUGGAGGUAGUGUCAUUUGUUUGAAAGGUAACUUUGUUCAAAUGUAUUUUUUUAAAUCCAUAAACUGGUAUAGUGGAACCUCAAUGUAAUGGACUAAUUGGGGGUAGGGGGGUCGUCCGUUAUAGCCAAUUGUCUGUUAGAUUGAAGCACAUUUUUUGUGUGUGCACCACUAUUACUGUACAGUACAGAAUUUUUUAUUUAAUUUGUUUUCUCCGUGCCCUAAAACACCCAGUAUAGUACAAAGUUCUUGGAAACAAAAUUUUGAAAAGUUUACAUUUUAACCAAACUUUCGACGCCUGUGUGCUUGUUGUAGUGACUAGUGGAAAGUGGGGCAGGUCGCUUUGAUGAGCCACAAGGAAUUAGUGUGCUUUCUAUUUCCAAAAUCGGGUAAGAUUAGAUAGAUGCCAUAGGCCGUUCGGCGUGGCAGAUAAACUGUUACGUAGCAAAAAUACCAUGUCCCAGACUGCACUAUAGCUGCAGAGACAUCUCUUAAAGAAAAAAAUACCGCUCACGCAAAGCAGCGCGCUCUCUGUCUAGAACUCUGUUCGACAAUAGAACUCCUGCUAUUAUGGCUGCCACGUCAAUACAAUGCCUGGAAAUAAUUAAAUUACUUCACACACACCGAAACUUGAGAGCAUGAUUCGACAGAACGCCGGUACAACAGUUAGUGCUAGCACUCGGUUGCUAGGCUACAUUACGUUUUGUUGCCUGCUUGCGAGCCGUAUCGUAUUAAAAGUACAUGAACAUACCUCCAGCAAGCCUUGAAUUAAAGUCCUCUACCGAGCACCGGUGACCACCAGCACAUGGUUUUCCCCAUGUUGUUCUUAUCAUACACACGACGCGAUCGAUUUUUGUUGCCGUGGUAACGAGUGUAUCCGGUCGGGUUUGAGUUGACAAGAUGAAGCCCAGUGAUUGUAAAAAAUGGAAUGCGGUGGUAUCGGAAUACAAGAUUUUUUUGCAGUAGUCUGACAUAGUGCAAUUGUGAAAGAGCAAAUUUGUAUUGUAGUCUGAUCCCGGGCAUUACGCGUUGUCUGUCCCACACUGCCGACGGUUUUUUUUUUUUUUUUUUUUUUUUUAAAUAACUAUUGGGUGUCAGAUAUUUACAGGACUACGUCAAAAGACAUGCGACAAGGCUAAAAAUAAACCAGCUUUUGGAUUCAAAUAUACUGUACACGAUGGCGACAUGGAGUAAAUGUCUUUUGCGAAGCCGAUCAAAGACGUCAUAGAUCGGAUCAGGGAAUUAUGACAUUAAAGCCAAUCAGCAUAAAAUGCUCAUUAUUGGCCGAUACCGAUCAGAACAAUCAAAUCGGUGUAAAGUCUACUAGUCAUAUUGUAUAUCUGUGAUCCGGAAAUACGUCAGUCCCAUUUUCUGCCUGCAUUGCGUCCCAGCGUCAGUAAACAAUAGCGGCCAAUUCUGGAACUAACAUAAUUUAUCAACGGCAGUUUAAUUGAGAAAUGGAAACUUUUUGGGCACAUUGUUCAGUCCCGAUGGUUCCGUUUUAUCCGACAUGUAAUAUCAUGUCUGUUUUUUAGUGGUUCCACUGUACAUGUAAAUUACCAGUAAUUUUUGCUCAUCUGACUGUUCCAAAUGCUAUGUGCCUGAUAAAAAGACCCUUUGUUGUCAUGCCGUUGAUUAUGAUCAGAAAAACACCACUCAAGUGGUGACUUUUUUUAUUUUAUUUUAUUUUUCAAAAACAUUUUUUAAGGUCAGGUCACUUUAAUGCAGGAUCGUUCAUUGCUUUGCUGUGCAACGUGCACAUGUAUGAUCACACUUUAUUUUGAACUCAGUUGACAUUUAAAAGACCAUUUUAGUAAAGCAAAGUGUAAUUGCUUUGCGCAAAUUGCAGCCAAUUAAAAUGCUUCCGUCACUCAGAACUGCAUAUAAUUAGAUUAUUACUUAAUUGAACAUUAAUUACAUUUCAGAACAAGUUAAUUAAAUAUUUGUUUGGGGAUGGAAAUAGUUCAAAAUUAACAGGGAUAAUAUAAUGUCAAACAAGGCUCUUCAAAUGUAAUCCACUGUACCAGCAACAUCGUUAUACUGUACUCUAGGAUAUCUGAUCAUAUUUCCAGUUGUUCUAGUCUCUUGCUGUGUAAGUGGUCUGAACAGCAUUGGUCCAAUGUUCUGCAUAUUAAUCUCAUUUCCAAGCAUCUUCAAAUGUGACUGUGGGAUCCACCCUCAGAGCAUGUAUCUACAAGUGCUCAGGAAUGUAUCCAAAGGAACAUUUGUCUCCACCAUCAGACGAUCUUGUCCGUAAGUGAAUUUUCUUGUUGUUGUUUUGCAUUUUUUUAAAUUUCUUUUAAUUCUUUGUGGGGUACUCAUGUCAGCAUUGUCUUCACUGUCUUGUUGUUGUCUGUCGCACUUGCCAAAAUGUCUUGAUUGUUCGACAUCUAGCCCAACUGGUGAAAAUUUAGUUUGGUCGAUGUUUAUAAAAAAUCUAGGUGUUAAUUUCUAUUUUUAUAACUCUCUAUAAAUUAUUUGAACAAAUAUAUUAAGACAGGGAUGCUACUCUAGGAAGCUACCUCCUCAGUUGUAGUUAGCAGCAGUACUUUAUAAAAGAAAACCCUUUUUUUCUUUUCUAUUCCUUUUGUUGGCAUCCCUGGCUUUAUGUUGACCUUGUGGGAGGAAUCUAUACUGUAUACUGUGAUUUAGAUUUUUAUUUUUAUUUUUACUAAACUAUACAGUUUGUUUUACAGAUCAAUGUGCAGAAAUAAUACAUGGAAAGUUUAUUGCUUGUCCUUUUCAUGAGAUCUUCCCAAGCUGUAUUGUUAUAUUUGCUCAUGUAGAAGAAAAAUGUGAAUAAAUCUGGACAAACAA